CUCUUCUCCGGUCAAGUAGAUAUCACUAUAUCGCCUGCUCCAGAUCAAUGUCGUCCCAACCCACCCCUCCAGACUCGGGGGCUGCAACUCCCGUUCCUAACAAAAGCGCAGCAAAAAAGGAGGCCAAGCGCUUGGAGAAAGAAGCAAAGCUCGCUGCAAAGGCAUCUAAAGUCACCGCUAACACUGCUACCGGAGAGAAGAAGGCCAAGGCUGAAAGAGAGAAGAAGGAAGAGGAGCCUCCCUAUGUCAACACUACGCCCAAGGGUUCGAAGAAAGACACCACUCAGCCUAUGUCUGCGGGUUAUAAUCCCAUCGCCGUAGAGUCUGCAUGGUAUGACUGGUGGCUUGAAGAGGGCUUCUUCAAGCCUGCUCUGAAGCCCGAUGGCCAGCCAAAAGAAGAGGGCUUGUUUGUGAUCCCUUCCCCUCCACCGAAUGUCACAGGAAGUCUCCACAUUGGCCACGCGUUGGCGACUGCUAUUCAAGAUUCAUUGAUACGUUGGAAUCGCAUGCUGGGCAAGACUGUCCUAUUUGUACCAGGAUUUGACCACGCUGGGAUAUCAACACAAUCUGUUGUCGAGAAGCGGCUGUGGAAGACCGCGGGCAAGACAAGACACGACCUUGGCCGCCCAAAGUUUGUUGAGACCGUGAUGGAUUGGAAAAAUGACUACCAAGGUCGCAUAACGAACCAGCUUCGCCGUCUGGGUGGUAGUUACGAUUGGUCGAGAGUGGCGUUUACCAUGGACCCGCAACUAUCAAAAGCGGUCAUAGAGACCUUCUGCCGUCUUCACGAAGAUGGAACCAUCUAUCGCGGUAACCGUCUCGUGAAUUGGUGUGUGCAAAUGAACACCACGUUGUCAAAUCUUGAGGUUGAUCAAAAACAACUCACCGGGAGGACUCUGCUCAACGUCCCCGGAUACGACGUGAAAGAAAAGUUCGAGUUUGGUGUGAUCACAUCGUUCGCCUACCCUAUAGAGGGCUCUGAUGAGAAGAUCAUAGUAGCAACCACGCGUCCAGAAACGAUGCUCGGUGACACUGCUAUCGCUGUUCACCCCGAUGACUCGCGCUACAAGCAUCUACAUGGAAAAUUCGCCUUGCAUCCUUUCGUCGACCGACGUAUCCCCAUCGUCACUGAUGACAUAGCCGUCGACAUGGAGUUCGGAACGGGUGCUGUAAAAAUCACCCCAGCUCAUGAUCCCAACGACUACGAAGUCGGCAUGCGCCACAAACUCGAGUUCAUCAACAUCAUGAACGACGAUGGAACCUUCAACGCAAACACUGGAGAGAAAUUCCAGGGCAUGAAACGAUUCCACGCGAGAGUGGCGGUGGUCAAGGCGCUGAAAGAAGCUGGCCUGUUUAUCGAGACGAAGGACAACCCUAUGCAAAUCCCUUUGUGCCUUAAAUCCGGAGAUAUCAUCGAACCAAUACUGAAACCUCAGUGGUGGGUCAAUUGCAAGCCCCUCGCCGAGGAAGCCAUCAAGCGAACGAGAGCUGGCGAGUUGCACGUCGCGCCAAAACAGUCAGAGGCAGAUUGGUAUCGGUGGCUUGACAAUAUCCAGGACUGGUGUAUCUCUCGCCAACUCUGGUGGGGCCACCAGUGUCCAGCAUACUUUGUCGACAUCGAAGGAAUAGAGCAAGAUAACUCCGACGGCAAGAACUGGGUUGUGGGUAGAACCCUCGAGCAGGCCACUGAGCGAGCCAAGGCACUCGCUGGCGACCGUCCGUUUACGCUGAAGCAGGAUGAGGACGUCUUGGACACGUGGUUCUCCUCUGGUCUCUGGCCGUUCUCCAUCCUUGGCUGGCCAGACAAGACCGCUGACCUUGACCGAUUCUACCCCUCGAGCAUGCUUGAGACAGGUUGGGACAUCAUCUUCUUCUGGGUGGCCCGUAUGGUGCUACUGGGCAUUCGUUUGACGGAUAAGAUGCCGUUCAAUGAGGUAUUCUGUCAUGCUAUGAUUCGCGAUGCCCAUGGACGCAAGAUGUCGAAGUCUCUCGGAAACGUCAUUGAUCCCCUCGACGUGAUCCAAGGCCUUCCUUUGGAUCAACUGCAUCAGAAGCUCUACGAGGGCAACUUAGAGGAUAAGGAGAUCCAGAAAGCGAUGGCUGGCCAAAAGAAGGACUUCCCCAAGGGCAUCCCCCAGUGUGGCGCGGACGCAUUGAGGUUCGCUCUUUGCGCCUACAGCGGUGGUGGUCGCGACAUCAACUUGGAGAUUCUCCGCGUAGAAGGUUACCGCAAGUUCUGCAACAAAAUAUUCAACGCGACGAAAUUUGCGAUGCUGAAGCUUGAUGAGUCUUUCGUGCCAGAGGCCCGACCGAAGCCUACAGGCAAAGAGAGCUUGGUCGAAAAAUGGAUAUUUCAUAAACUCAACAUCGCUGCCGACGAGGUCAACAGGCAGCUCGAGGGACGCAAUCACAUGGCUGCCACCAAUGCCGUUUACAACUUCUGGUUGUACGAGCUUUGCGAUGUCUACAUUGAAGCUAUGAAGCCUAUGACUGAGCCAACUGCGCCUGCGGAGACUCGCGCUUCUUCUCAGCAGACUCUAUACCUUUGCUUGGACUACGGCCUGCGGCUUCUUCACCCCUUCAUGCCGUUCGUCACUGAAGAAUUGUGGCAAAGGCUGGCGCGAAGGCCUAAUGACCCCACCCCUUCCAUCAUGGUGUCGCAAUACCCGGUUUUCGACAAAGAUUUUGUCUUCGAUGACGCGGAGCGGCAGUUCGAGUUGGUAUUCAACAUCGUGCGGACAGGCAGAUCGCUCGCGGCGUCUUACAAUCUUCAAUCAGACAUCCAAUUGUAUAUUCAUACUCAGACGGAUGCUGAAGCCGCCCUUUUCGAGCAACAAGCGCCUACCAUGGUCACCCUCACCAAGGGCUGCAAGAGUCUAAAGGUGGUGCGCCAGCUUGAUGAGAUCCCAGCGGGAUGUGGUUCUACUUCCUUGACGCCGACGGUUGCCGUGCAUGUACUUGUUCGGGGGUUGGUCGAUCUGGAUGUUGAGAUCUCCAAGUGCGAGAAGAAGCUGGACCUCGCCCGCCUCAAUCUCAACAAGAUCACGAAGAUUGAAGCUCAACCAGACUACGAGGAGACCAUCCCCGCGAACGUGCGCUUGUCGAAUGAAGAAAAGAGGAAGACGUUUGAGGCCGAGAUUUCCACGCUGGAAUUGUCGAAGACCAUGUUCGCGAAGUUGAAGUGAGAUUUGUAUAAUCGUGUUGUAGAGUAUCUCAAGAACAUCGAUGUUUUGCGCCGAGUAUUACAGGGCACCAAUGCAUUUUAUACUUUCAAAUCUU